AGUUAAAGGCAUCAUCGCAGCCAUCAGAGGGAAAAGUUGCGGCGCGGCGAGCCCGGUGAAGUCCUCCAGCCCGCCCCCCUUGCCCACUCCCCACUUCGCGAGCGGGCUCGGCGUUUAGGGAGGGCAGUGAUCACGCAAGCCGGAGCAGCGGGCUGACGUUGGACGAGCUGCCAGGUAGCUGAAAGCAGGCAGCGAAGCAGCGGAGGCACUUCCCCGCGUUGCAAGCCCGAGUGUGGACUCGAAGCCUCUCCGAAUCCGAGCCAGCUGGUUUGAACCUUCGCGAAUUGCACUCCCCUCUCCCCAGAGCCAGUCCUCGCGGAGUGAGCAGCAGGAUGUUUGCUGGGUCGCGCGCAGGGCUCUGAGACUGAGCCUCUGAUACGUUUGCAUUCCUAUCUUUUUGGGCUUUUUGGCUGUUGGCUACACUGAUGUGACCCCCCCCCCCCUUGGAAUGAUGGGGAUCUUUUUGGCAUAUGUUGGAUUUGUUUUCUUUUCCGUUUUAUAUGUUCAACAAGGGCUGUCUUCUCAAGCAAAAUUUACCGAGUUUCCGCGGAACGUGACGGCGACCGAGGGGCAGAAUGUGGAGAUGUCUUGCGCUUUCCAAAGUGGCUCUGCCUCGGUGUAUCUGGAGAUCCAGUGGUGGUUCCUGCGGGGGCCCGAGGACUUGGAGCCCGGGGCCGAGGUGGCUGGUGCGCAGGUGGAGCUGGUGCCCGACCGAGACCCGGACAACGACGGGACCAAGAUCAGUACCGUGAAAGUCCAAGGCAAUGACAUCUCUCACAAGCUUCAGAUUUCCAAAGUGAGGAAAAAGGAUGAAGGCUUAUACGAAUGCAGGGUGACCGAUGCCAAUUACGGAGAACUACAGGAACACAAAGCCCAGGCCUACCUGAAAGUCAACGCCAACAGCCAUGCCAGGAGGAUGCAGGCCUUCGAAGCCUCGCCCAUGUGGCUGCAAGAUACGAAGCCUCGCAAGAAUGUCUCCGCGGCCCUUCCCAGCAGCAUCCACAGCUCUGCCAACCAGCGAAUGUACGCCACCUCCAGCCCUCAAGCGGUAGCCAAAAUCCCCAAACAAAGUCCACAAUCAGCAAAGAGCAAAUCGCCUGUAAAAUCUACGGAGCGGACAGCAAAGUUGACCCUAAACUCCAAGCACCACUCUGCACCCACUGUUCUCUAA